GACGCCGUCAACCAACUUGGAACCAUCGGCACCAGCUCGAGAGAUUGCUUGAGACCAUGAUGCGUUGCACAACGCCAAAGUCGUAGAUAAGGUCAAGCCCAGUUCCACUUCCGAACGCGUCAUGCCGGAGCUUCCAGAAGUUGAACGUGCGGCCAAGCUUGUUAGAGAGGUUGCACUCGGGAACAUGAUUAUUGAAGUGGAAACCGUAGAAGAUAAUAUAGUCUACUCUGGCAGCAGCCACACUGAAUUCGCCCGAAGUAUCAAAGGUCGCCGCGUCACAAACGUGGGUAGAUAUGGCAAGGUGUUCUACUUGGAGCUAGACGGCAAAGGCAAGAUGCCCGUGCUGCACUUUGGCAUGACCGGCAUGCUACAGGUGAAGGGUCAAUUGGCCACGUACUACAAAGAGACACCGAGGAAGGCUUCCACAGACUCAGGCUGGCCGCCGAGAUUCAUGAAGGCAUGUGUACAGUUCCUAUUCCAGUUCAUCCUUCACAUCCAGCAUUCGGAGACACAAGACAUUACUCAGUUGGCCUUUUUGGACGCUCGUCGUCUCGGUCGGAUACGGUUGUGCGCGAGCCCCCUCACAGAACCACCUAUCUCCGCACUUGGGUUCGAUCCCAUCCUGUCUAUGCCUGACUUGGCCUGGUUCAAGGAGACCGUCCUGAAGCGAAGAUGCCCUAUCAAAGCGCUGCUACUUGAUCAGUCAUUCAGCGCAGGUGUCGGAAAUUGGGUCGCAGAUGAAAUCCUCUAUCAUGCUCGUGUACACCCAGAAGAACGCUCUCAAGGCAUUGCACAUGCACAUCUCGAGGUUUGCCGCAUCGCUGUAGAGGUCAACGCGGACGACUCGAAGUUCCUGACAUUGCCCGACGGUAAGCCCGCCACGAUAAAGUGGGUUACCGUCGGAGGCCGAACGUCCGCGUACGUUGCCGAGCUUCAACGCCUAAGCCAACGCGUAUCUGGUCGAUUCUCCUGCUCUGCGUACAGAUGA